GCCUCGCUGGAGAGCCGAGGGUCGCCCCCCGCAGGUGGGCUGUGGCCGCGACUGCUCCUCCCGCCCGCAGGGGGCGCUGUGGGGAGGCGCGCCUGCGCUCCCGACCGCGGCGACCCAGCACGCGCCCCGCAGCGUUGGCGCGGGGUUUGCGGGAAAGACCUGGAGGUCGGCGGAGCCGCGGACCGAGGGGCUGGAGCUGGGCGGGAGCGCCGGGGCCAUGGCCGAGCGGGCUCGGUUGCCUCUGACUUUCGAGGAUGUUGCCAUUUACUUCUCGGAGCAGGAAUGGCAGAGUCUGGAGGCCUGGCAGAGGGAGCUUUAUGGACACGUAAUGAGAACCAAUUACGAGACGCUCGCCUCUCUAGAUGGUGGACUUCCCAAGCCAGAACUAAUAACCUGGAUUGAACAGCAAGGAGAGUUCGGGAGUUGCACAGAAUCACAGAAACCAAGAAACAUAAUUUGCUCCUCUGCUGAUACACAUUUUGAUCCAGCUGUUGAGGAACAGUUGUUUUGGGUUUCAGGAAGCCAGCAACCGGUGAGCUCAGGAGAAACUAAAUGCCAUUUCCAGGCAGGCACUCUUCGGAGCCAGCAUUCCUCUGGACUCUCUUUAGGAGGCAGGGAAGCUGUUUCCUUUAGGCCUGACCAAGACCUCACGGAGACGGAGACGGAGACGGAGACCAAGAACCCACAGGGACGCAGCCCCAGGGCUCCUAAUGCAGUAGGCCUUGGCUGCAGCGAAUCUCCCUACAGAGAGGGAAUCCCAAGGCACAGAGCUCCGAGUGUCCCCUCGCGGGAGAGCCCCCAGCACCCCUGCCCUGACCGUGGGGAGAAUUUCUGGAAGGGCCGCUUGGGAAAGCAGCAGAGGAGCCGCCCCCAGGACCUGCCGCAGAAAGCCUGCAAGGUCAGCCGCAGAGCUGGUGCCCGGCAGGAACAGGACGGCGUCCCCGGGGCAGGGAGGCACUGCCCGGGUCGGGAGUGCGGACAGGCCUUCCGCCGGAAGCAGUACUUGCCGAGGCAGCUGACUGCCCACACGGGGAAGUGUGAGAUGUGUUUCUGCCACAGGCGGGGCCCCCUCGCCCACCACCUCACGCACAAAGGGGAGAAGCCUUCCCAGCAUCUCAAAUGCAGCCCGGGCUUUCCGCCGAUGAGCAGCGCGCAGGCUCUCCAGUGCCAGCCUGGCAGAGAGACGCCCGGCUCCUGGAGGCGAGGCUGCAGGGCCUUCCCCGGCGUGCAGUCAGGGCAGAAGCCAGGCCCCCGCCACCCCCGGGGCGACGCAGAGGCUCCGCGGCCCUGCCCCGGCGCCGCGGGCGGCAGGUGCCUCCCCACAAGGUCCAAGCUUGCCAACUGCCUGGGGGUGCACGCAGGAGAAAGGCCCUUCCCGGGCCCCAGCGGCCCCGGCGGGGAGAGACCGGCCUCCCGCGGGAAGUGUGGCCCGGGCUUCCCCAAACAGCGCAAGCUCGCCGAGCACGACCGAGCCCACAGCGGAGAGAAGCCUCUCCGGUGCGCCGAGUGCGGCCGGAGCUUCCGUCAGACGGCGCAGCUGCGGCGGCACCAGCGGCUGCACACGGAGGAGAAGCCCUUCCCGUGCCCGGAGUGCGGCCGGAGCUUCCGCCUGCAGAGCCUGUUGCGAGCCCACCGGCUGCGACACGGCGGAGAGCGGCCGUUCUCGUGCGGCGAGUGCGGCCGCGGCUUCAGCCACCAGUGCAAGCUGCGCGAGCACCUGCGGGUGCACAGCGGGGAGAGGCCCUUCCCGUGCCCGGACUGCGGCAAGAGCUUCCGGCUGAAGGGCAUCCUCCAGGCGCACCAGCGCACCCACAGCCAGGAGCGGCCCUUCUCCUGCGGGGAGUGCGGCAAGGGCUUCACCAGGCAGUCCAAGCUCACGGAGCACUUCCGCGUGCACAGUGGGGAGCGGCCCUUCGGCUGCGCGGAGUGCGGCAGGAGCUUCCGCCUGAAAGGGCAGCUGCGCAGCCACCAGCGCCUGCACACGGGGGAGAGACCCUUCCAGUGCCCGGACUGCGACAAGCGCUACCGCGUGAAAGCCGACAUGAGAGCCCACCAGCUGCUGCACGGCGGCGCGAUGCCCUUCUCCUGCCAGUGUGGCAAGGGCUUCGCGAAGCAGUCCAAGCUCGUCGAGCACGUCAGGACGCACACGGGGGAGAAGCCCUUCCAGUGUGCCCAGUGUGACAAGAGUUUCCGCCUGAAGGCCCAGCUGCUUAGCCACCAGGGCCUGCACAGCGGGGAGAGGCCCUUCCACUGCCCCGAGUGUGACAAGGCCUUCCGGGAAAGGGGACAUAUGUUGAGGCACCAGCGCAUCCACAGGCCCGAGAGGCCCUUUGCCUGCGGCGACUGCGGGAAGGGCUUCAUCUAUAAGUCUAAACUCGCCGAGCACGUCCGCGUGCACGCCAAAUCCUGCCGUGCUCAGGACCGGCCUGACGUUAAGAAAAGGCUUAGCCAGCUGUUUGCAAUGAUAGAAGCUGAUUGGAGCUGAGGCAGAGCGCGCCAUCAAGGCAGCGCAAGAGGUCUUCAACACUUCGUGAUAAAGGCAUGUGAUGAAAAACACUGCAUGGAUUUCACUUUUUUUUUUUUUUGCUACACAGAGGGAAAGACAAAGAGAGAGAGCUCUGAGCUCUUCCAUCCACUAGCUCACUCCUUGAGUGCCUGCCACAGCUGGGAUAGCCAGCCAGGAACUCCCACCUGGGUGUACUGACCCAAGUCCUUUGGACUUUAUCCAUUGCCUCCCAGGCACAUUAGCAGGAAAGUUGGAUCAGAAGCGGGGUACUCAGUGCUCACCAGUCACUCCAAUAUGGUAUGCAGGCAUCCCAACCAGUAGUACCCCAGUACAAGCCCUAAACUUACCUGUUCAUUCAGUUUUCCAUGAACUUUUUUUCCCCAAAGAUUUUUAUUUAUUUGAAAGUUGGAGUUAGCGAGAAAGGGAGAGACAAAGAAGUCUUUCACCUGCUGGUUCGCUCCCCAAAUGGCCACAGUGGUUGGGGCUGUGCCAGGCUGAAGCCAGGAGCCAAGACUUUCUUCUGAGUCUCCCAUGUGGGUGGCAGGGCCAUCUCUGGCCCCCUGCAUGAACUUUUUGAAGUCCCACAUAAACGUGGAAUUGCAGGGAAGAGAUGGGGUCUUUCCUAUUUGUUACACUAGAUGGAAGUUGUAUGGACACCAAAUAGGUAUACUUCAGGGACAGAAUAUACUGUAUACACACACAAUUCCUGCUUUUAAGAGGGUUUAUGGUCAGGUAGGAGAUGGCUGACAGGGAGGCAUUUGGCACAGUGGUUAAGAUGAUACUUGGGGGGCCAGUGCUAUGGCUCAGUGGGUUAAUCCUCCGCCUGAGGCGCCGGCAUCCCAUAUGGGUGCUGGGUUCUAGUCCCAGUUGCUUCUCUUCCAGGACCGUUCUCUGCUGUGGCCCGGGAGGGCAGUGGAGGAUUGCCCAAGUGCUUGGGCCCUGCACCUGCAUGGGAGACCAGGAGGAAGCACCUGGCUCCUGGCUUCGGAUCGGCGCAGCACCAGCCAUAGUGGCCAUUCGGGGAGUGAACCAACAGAAGGAAGACCUUUCUCUCUCUCACUGUCUGUAACUCUACUUGUCAAAUUAAAAAAAUAAUAUCCAAUGUCUUAGUUCAAGUCUUUCCCAGCCUCCAUUUCCAGCUGCCUGCUUAUAUGCACCCAGGGAGGCAGCAGUACUUGGGUUGCUGCCACCCAUGUAGGAGACUGGGAUAGAGUUCUGAGCUCCCAGCUUCAGCCUGGCCCAGUCCUGCCUGCUGUGGGCAUCUGAGGAGUGAACCAGCCUAUGGAAGAUCUCUUUGUCACUCUGUCUCUACCUUUCAAAUAAAUAAUUUUUUAAAAAAUUAAAAUUUUUUUUUUUGACAGGCAGAGUGGACAGUGAGAGAGAGAGACAGAGAGAAAGGUCUUCCUUUGCCGUUGGUUCACCCUCCAAUGGCCGCCGCUGCCGGCGCGCUGUGGCCGGCGCACCGCGCUGAUCCGAUGGCAGGAGCCAGGAGCCAGGUGCUUUUCCUGGUCUCCCAUGGGGUGCAGGCCCCAAGCACCUGGGCCAUCCUCCACUGCACUCCCUGGCCACAGCAGAGAGCUGGCCUGGAAGAGGGGCAACCGGGACAGAAUCCGGCGCCCCAACCGGGACUAGAACCUGGUGUGCCGGCGCCGCUAUAAAAAAUUAAUUUUUAAAAAUGGCUUACAAAAUUCUGAAGGGUGACAGAAAAUGAAAUUACAGGUAAAUGUAAAUGACAUUACUAUAAAACAGUGUUACACAAAUUAAAUUCCCUGGGACAAAGGCUCCAAAAAUAUUCUGCAAGAAAAGAGUUCCAUGGAAAAUUACAUAAAGAUCCUAAUUGUCUGUCGCUGCAUUCUUAGACAAAGUUUAUAAAGCAUUUGAAGAAAAACUUCCACAUAAAAGAGGAAGACCAAGAUAAGAAAAAAAAAUUGGAUGAAUCAUAUAAUUUAGGGAAUAAAAACAAAAAUUUAAAAACAUGCAUACUCAGAAAAAUUAGAGAAGACGCUGUUAAUUAUGAAACAAGAAUAUAACUUUAUGGAAAAGGAAGCUUCUGGAAACAACCCUAACAUGUUAAGAAAAAUGGGUUGUUUAAUAAAAGUUUUGAAUUUCAUGGUAGAUUAGUCAAAGAAAUCUCCAGAAAGUAGCACAGAGGAUCCAACAAAUAGAAAAUAAGAAAGUAGAAAAAAGUGAAUUGUACAAAUUCUGGUGCUUUGCCCCUCCUCCUCCUGAGGUUUUGAUCCUGUGGCCGCAUGUUGGAGCAGGGUAAAGUAGAAGAGAACGUGUGGUGUGAAGGGAGACGGAAGUUUAAGGAAAAUGGUCACGGUUACACAGCACAUGUGAACCGACGGAGGCACAGAAGCAGGCUGGGCGGCAGCGGCUUCCCUCCCGAUCAGAGCGAAUCGGCGUUUCUGAUUUUGUGAGUUUUCCCAAGGCCAGUGACACCUCCAGCCUUUGUCAAGCAGUCGCUGCAGGAAGAAUUUUCUCACACCUCUCCCGCCAGCUCCUCAUGGGGAAGCCGGAGGUGCUGCUCUGCGCCACAGAUAGCCCGAGUCUUUCCCGAAACGUAGAAUCCCAACGGUGGGUGGCAGAGAGAUGCACGCAGCAGUGACCUAAUGGGAAACGACACACCAGUGCCAUUUUGAAGCGAGGCAGAAAAAGGCGACACUCUACAUGAUCCAGCGCCCUCGCUUCCCUACAGAUCGAUUUCAGUCAGAUUCAGUCCCGUAUAGCCCCCAAAGGAGGAAGGGGUCCGAGCCGUUGACAGCCUGGGGCAGCUCGCGUUCCGGUACGCGCGGGUCCGGGGAAGCGCGCCGGUGCGCGCGCGCCGCAGUUCUUGGCUCCUCCCGCCUGCAGGUGGCGCUGUGGGAGCCAAGUCCGAGCUGUGCUCCCAGAAUGCCCUGCGUGUCUCCAUGGCGACGGCCGCCGCCGGGAGAGAUGGCAGGUUCUGGUCUCGCUGUGGAAGGACCUCGCCCGCGGAGGCUCCCUGGCCUCCGCCGUCUCUGUGGACUCUCCCCGCCGGACAGGAGUCGGUGGUGGUCUCGGGAGGAGACGCCUGGGCGAGCUGUCCCGAUCCGGAGGGUACUGGGAUGGAAGGAGGCCCAGGUCCGCGCUGGAGCUGCCUGAGCCGACUGUCAGAUCUGCAGCCCUGGCCCGCGCCCUGCGGGCUGCAGAGUGGGCCGCGAGGGGGACGGCAGCGUCCCCAGCCCCGGAGCCUUAAAGUCCUUGCCGCGGAGACCUUGGCUGGGCCAGGCAGAAGCUAGGAGCCUGGAACCCCAUCCCGGGGGUGGCAGGGGCCCAGUGCUUGGGCCAUCGUCCGCUGCUUUCCCAGGUGCAUUACCGGCGUCACCAGCAGUUGUUUAACCUGCUUUGCCACAACCCCAGCCCCACAGUUUCAAGCCUUUUAUGCUUGUGAAAAAGAGAUUCAGAAUAGAAUCCUUGAAGGCCAUAAUCCGACUCCCUCAUUGUACAGAUAAGUGAAUCACAGAGAAGUUGAAGGGAUUUGCUGCAGGUCAUGUUGCUAAUAAUUGAGAGGAAAGCCUGCCUUCUUGGGUUGCAGUUCUAUACUCUCCUUUAUCGGGACUUCUCGCCUUUAAUAAGUAUUAAUGGUCAGUAUUUAGUGUUACUUCUCCAGGGGUUGUGCCUGCCUAACCAAGGUGCUCUCCCACAUUUUUUAAAUUAUUAGGAACCUAAAGGGCAUUUUCUUUAUUCUCCUUUAUCACCUGUAGGAAAAGUGAUGUGGUUUUCUGGUAUGAAACAUUUUGAGCCAGGUAAUCAGUGGCCUAUCAUCUCUUUCUGACAGUUGUAAUGUGUUCUUGGAGCAAAUUGUCCAUUUCCUGUUUAAAUUUCGUUUUAGUGGAGUGAAACUACCAACUUCAGGAGUCUCUGCAGAUUAUACUUGCAGUAUUUCUUGAUUAUAAACGCUUGGGUGUUUUUACACUCAGAGAAAAUGUUGAA